UUCAAUGCCCCUUUCCAAAAUCAAGCAUCUUUCUCUUUCUCUCUCCCUUUCACGCCCUGUUUCCUUUUCUUUCAUUUGCAGAUCAGUUUGCUUCAUUUCUAUUGGUUUAGAAGUUUCAUCGCUCGCCACUUACCCAAAUGGCGAAUUCGGCGUCAGGGAUAGCAGUGAGUGAUGAAUGCAAGCUGAAAUUUUUGGAGCUGAAAGCGAAAAGAGACCACAGAUAUAUAGUGUUCAAGAUUGAUGAUUCAGGGCAUCAAGUUGUGGUUGAGAAAGUUGGGAGAAAUGAUGAGACUCAUGAAGAUUUUGCCAACAAUUUACCUCCCAAUGAGUGUCGCUAUGCAGUUUUUGAUUAUGACUUUACCACAAACGAGAAUGUCCAGAAAAGCAAGAUCUUCUUUGUUGCUUGGGCACCAGAAACAGCAAGAGUAAGAAGUAAGAUGUUGUAUGCAAGCUCCAAAGACAGAUUCAGGAGAGAAUUAGAUGGUGUCCAGGUUGAGUUGCAGGCUACUGAUGCAAGUGAGAUGAGCUUGGAUACCUUCAUUGGGAGAGCUCGUUGAAAUUAAUAUCUCUUACCUAAAUAUAUUUGGCCUAUAUUCAUUGGCAAUUUGUAUACAGGCCCUUCGUUUAUUGGAUUUUGAGGAAUGUGUUCUUUGUUAUUUCUUUUACUAUAUAUGGUGUUCAAUUUUGUCUUUUUAGUAGCUAGGCUACUAGUAUGAUCUUGUGACCAUUUGAUUAAGAAUGUCAUCAAUGUUUAUUUGAAAUUUUUACCUGUUUU